GAGAAUGGGAUCUUGGGCCCCUUCAUGGGGCCCCCUUACACUUUAUCACAGGAAUUUUAUUUUUUUCUAGUUCAUAUUUUAUUUUGCUUGUAGAAGAGAAAGAUAUCCCUUCUGAAGAAGGAGAAAGCUUAUAAAAGUGUGUAACUUCCAAAAAGUAAAUAAUUCCAAGCUUUCCUGAUUCUGCCCUAUCUGGACUUCCUUAUCUUGUCUGUGGGAGACUCAAAUGACUUGCUUUCCCCAUUUUACUCCUCAAAUAGAAAACCCUUUGGAGUCCGUGUUAUUAGGACUUGAGAAUAAGGAAGAAAUUGCUGGAACUUCUCACCCCAGUGGCUGCUGAAGUAGAAGAUUCUGGGGAAAAAAAAAAAAAAAACUUUUCUUGGAGACACAGGCUAAACCCUAAGGAUUUUUAAGAUGACCAAGGUACCAGCCAUGAAGAAGCUGCUGAGUUCCCCCAAUGCAGGGGCUGUCUGGUCCAUUAAUGCCUCAGACAACCUAAGGCAGGUUCCAGACAAGCCAAUGAAGAGCCUCAAGUAUAUGGACAAGGAAAUAAUAAACCUCAGAAAAGACCUUAGACGAAGCCGCAUCUUGAUCCAGUCUGUGAAGAUAGGCCGUGGCUAUUUUGCCAUGCUGAAGGAGGAGAGUGCGUUGAAAAAGAGGCAACAACAACUUCAGAAACUGAAAGAGGAAGAAAUAAAUAAAUUCCAACCAGCCAAAAAGACGUCGGAAAUCCACUACAGAGACACCUUGUUGACCACAUAUGAUGAGGAUAAGUUUAAGAAGCUGGGGGCUGGAGUCAUUCUCCGUCCCUUCACUCCCGUCCACAGCUGCAUCAUUUCUCCCAUGCUGCCCCAGGCUCACGUUGAGCCCCUCUUCCGCCAGCUCUGUGCCCUCCACUGGCUUCUGGAGGCCCUGACUAUCGACCACACUCACCACACCAUGAAGCCUGUGAUCACCUGCUGGAAUCCAAAGGACCCUGGUGGAAGCAAGAGUACAAUAAAAAAAAUCAAUAAGGACAAGUCCAUGGGACAGAAGUGGGAGCAGUUCAUCACAGCGCCAGCGCCAAAGUCCAAGAAAUACAAAGUCCCUAUAGGGCGAGCCGCCAGCCGCAAGCCAAGUCGUCGCGGCUCCACGCUCAGUCUGACGCGGACCAGUGGGGGGUCAUCCCCCCAGAGCAGCAUGAUUUCUAUGAACCCUGGCUCAGAUGAGCCCCAGAGUAUGACCCCAGUGACCGGCAGUAAGGACAUUGAGGACAACGAGUCGUCUUCAACCAAGCCCGAGGAAGAACCUCUCCACAUCAAUCUGCAGAAGCUCCUGGAAAUGGUUCGAGAAGAUGCCCGGAGGACCAUCAUGCUGGAAAAUGGGAUGCAAAAGAAGGCACCCAGCAUCUUGUCAGUGCUCAAACAAACCAAGAGUGAUUCUGCCUUUUAUAAGGACAUGCAGACCACCUACAAAUCAAGUGAUAAAUCCAGCAGCACCAGUGGAGACAGCCACAUCCAGACAGUCCAGAAGAAGACAAAAAACCGCAAUAAUCGUGAGCUCAUCCUCUGCAAGAGUGGGGUGUGUGAUGCCAUGAGGGCCAAGUUUUACAGCGUGGCCCAGGAGGCUGGUUUCUGCCUGCAGGACAAGAUAGAAAUCCUCAUGAAGCGCCAAGAAGAGAGAGGCAUCCAGAAGUUCCACUCCUUUGUCCGCGUCUCAAAUUUUCAAAAGGAUAUGGCAAAGAUGCGACAACAAGUAGCUAUAGUGAAAGGAGAUGCCGACGAAAUCGCAGACCACUGGUACUUUGAUCUGCUGUCCAAACUGCCAGAGGAUCUAAAGAACUUCCGCCCUGCCAAAAAGAUCCUGGUGAAACUGCAGAAGUUUGGGGAAAACCUGGACUUGAGGAUCCGACCCCAUGUCCUCCUGAAGGUGCUACAGGAUCUGAGGAUCUGGGAACUGUGUUCUCCGGACAUUGCUGUGGCUAUCGAGUUUGUGCGAGAACACAUCAUCCAUAUGCCCCAAGAAGAUUAUCUCAGCUGGCUGCAGAACAGAAUCAACAUACCCAUCCGGCCCUACAGUGCACUGACAUAG